AUGAGGCUCAUAGUAGACUCCAGGGAUGCCUUUGACCAGAAGGAGAGGAAAGUCGACCAUCUACAAGAAUUACUGGCAUGUCAAGCGAUAGAGUCUGAGAACGACCAAGAGAAAAUGAGGACUCUGGAAGUGCAAAUGACGGCCAUUGAAAGCACUGUAGAAGAACUGGAAAAUCACCUAAUGAAUGUUAAAGAGAACCAAGAAGACCUCCGAGGAAAACUUGAGCUCACUGAAUCAGAAAAGUCUAGACUUAGCGAGGUUGCAGCUGACCUACAAGAUAGAAAUUGUGAGCUUGAGAAAAACUUGGCAGAUGAGACCCAGAAGAACUUGGUACUAGAAGAUCAAGUUCAGUUCCUAGAAUCAGUUUUGCGCCAAAAAGAAUCUCAGUUGGUCUCUGCAUCAGAAAUUCUAAAUGCAGAAAGAGUGAAAACCGAGAUUACGGCCGAAGAACUACACGUGAUGAGGAACUGGGUCUCAGAACUAGGAGGAGAGAACGCAAACUUUAAAGAAGAAUUAGAAGCAAAAGCAGCAGAAGUGACUUCACUGAAUAAAGAGUUAGACAAUGAGAAGAAGAGGACCCAAGUUCUGGCUGGAGAAGCCCAGGUUAUGAAGAACUGGGUUGCAGAACUAGGAGGACAGAAUGCAAACUUUAAAGAAGAGUUAGAAGCAAAGGAAGAAGAAGUGCAUGCAUUAAAGAAAGAGUUAGACAUUGAGAAGAAACAGACCCAAGUUUUGGCUGGAGAAGCCCAGGUUAUGAAGAACUGGGUUGCAGAACUAGGAGGACAGAAUGCAAACUUUAAAGAAGAGUUAGAAGCAAAGGAAGAAGAAGUGCAUGCACUAAAGAAAGAGUUAGUCAAUGAGAAGAAGCAGACCCAAGUUCUGGCUGGAGAAGCCCAGGUUAUGAAGAAUUGGGUUGCAGAACAAGGAGGACAGAACGCCAAGCUUCAGGAUGAGGUAAAGAAAAACCACCUGAAAAUAAAUUCACUUCUGAAAUCUUUAAGUAAGGAGAAACAGAGGAGCAGACAUCUCCAGGAUGCUCUCCAUCAUGGUAAAGAGAUGGAAAACUUGUUGAAAGAAGAAAAAUUGAGAGGAAGUGAGAUGGCGGCUUCCCUGAGAACCGUCAAAAUAGAGCUCGAAAACAGGGAUCUCCAAAUUGAAAACUUCUUAAACAUGGAGCGAAAAUUGAUAUGUGAAAAAGAAGAACUUGCCGAUAAACUAGGCGUCGCUCUCAAUCACGGGAAGAAACUGGACAGCUUACUGGAGGAGGCAAAUGAAAAGGCAAGAAAAUUCUCAAACGAUUUUGAGGAGGAGGUCCAGAAAAGGGAGACCCAAAUGAGAGAUUUCUUAAGCAAAGAGGAACAACUCAGAGCUGAAAAGCUAGAGUUGGUAGACAGAUUAGAAAAUGCUGCUAAUCUUCUGAUUAAAGAAGAGAGGGAAAAUGUACACUCCCAGCAAAUGUUACAGGAAAAGGAAAAAGAAGUAGAGACACUGAGGAAAGAUGAAGAAGACCAUCACAAACAGAGGAAGGAGAUGGAGAUCCAACUCGAGGAAGAUGAGAAAGAGCUGCAGCAUCUUAGAACAGAAUGUGAACAACUGAAAGAAAAUUGGAGGAUACAAGAGGAAAAGAUGAUCAGGGAACAAGAGCAUCUCAGGGAGCGCCAAAGGAGACAGGAAGAGGCUCUGAGGGAACAGGACAAGUACAUGCUAAUGACACUUCUUCACGGGACAGCUCAGAGGAACUUCCAUCUGCAACAUAUUGCACUGCAGCAUGGAAUUGAAACUCUGGACAACGCCAAUGACAAGAAGCAAGAUGAAGGGCAAGAAGAGGACCUGUGGAUGAGGAAGGAUAAACAACACAAGAAAUACUGCGAUGCCCAGCGUGAUAGGACCAACUACAGGAAGCAGUGGGACGUCCUAACUCAGACAUUGAAGGACGUCACUAAUGGAGAUUCUGACAAGAACUGUGAAAUUUCCAACAAAAAACCAGAUGACAAAACUUGUCAUCAUAGGAGCAAAGAAGAGAUCUGUAUGAUCGAGCCCUACAGAGCCAAGACUUGUGAGGAAAAGGAGGACUAA